AUGAGGCUACGAUUUGUAGCAUUUCUGGUGGAUCCUGAAAGCAAGGAAAUGGCAUUAUUUAGAAAGGUGUGGAUCAUGACUUCAAAGAUUGAUUUUGCACUGUCAGGCAUUCAAAUGAAAUCAGAUCUCAAGAUGUACCAUGGGGCUAUUUCCUUCACUGUUCACUCAAGAGCAGUUGCAGGUUUCAAGGAGUUUCUUCAGGCCAUAAAUCCUUUUUCAGACUGCAGAGAUGGGUUUCGGCAAUAUGUUUGGGAACAAUCAUUUGAUUGUUCAUUUCCAAAAGCAGAGUUACAAGCAAUGGACAAUACUCAGUGCACUGAGGAGAUGAAGCUGGAGAAUCUUCCUGGGCCUGUGUUUGAAAUGGAAAUGUCUGGCCAGAGCUACAGUGUCUACAAUGCUGUUUAUGCUGUGGCUCAUGCUUUGCAGUCUCAUUACACAUUGAGAUUCAAUAGGAAGAAAACUAUGAUGGGUAAAAAAACUGAUCUUCCAAAUCUGCACCCUUGGCAGAAAGGGGAAGCAACAGGUGGAUUCGAUAUUACCAACUUGAUCACUUUUCCAAAUAGAUCCUUUCAACGAAUUAGAGUUGGAAAGCUGGAUCUACAGGCUCCAAACGGGAAGGAAUUAUCCAUUGAUGAAGAUAUGAUUGUCUGGAAUACAGCUUUUAACCAGGUUCCUCCACUUUCUCGAUGUAAUGACCCUUGUAUCCCUGGAUCCUGGAAGAAAGGGAUUGAGGUGGAUCAGUUCUGCUGCUAUGACUGUGUUCCAUGCCCAGAAGGGAAGAUUUCAAAUCUAAAUGAUAUGGAUGACUGUUUCGAAUGUUCAGAAGAUCAUUAUCCAAAUGAAGAAAAGAAUGGAUGUAUCCUGAAACUGGUGAUAUUUCUAACCUUUGAAGAAACUUUAGGAAUUGGUUUGGCCUCAGCAGCUCUUGGUUUCUUCUUCUUGACAUCUUUGGUACUUGGAACUUUUAUUAAGCACAGGGAUACUCCCAUUGUCAGAGCCAACAACCAGUCACUCACCUACACCCUGCUUGUCUCUCUUCUGCUCUGUUUUCUUUCCUCUUUAGUCUUUCUCAGCCAACCUGGCAAAGUAACCUGCCUUCUCCGACAAUCAAUGUUUGUCAUCACUUUCUCAGUAGCUAUUUCUAGUGUACUAGCCAAAACCAUCACUGUAGUUGUGGCUUUCAUGGCCACUAAACCCGGUUCUCAGAUGAGGAAAUGGGUGGGGAAAAGAUUGGCUUUUUCUAUUGUCCUUUCAUGCUCCAUCAUCCAAGUGUGUAUUUGUAGUAUUUGGUUGUUGACAUCACCCCCUUUCCCUGAGUUGGACAUGCACUCAGAGCUCCAAGAAAUGAUUUUACAGUGCAAUGAGGGGUCAGCUUUCUUCUUCUACUGUGUCUUGGGCUACAUGGGUAUCUUGGCCAUCGCCAGUUUUAUUGUGGCUUUUCUUGCCCGUAAAUUACCUGACAGCUUUAAUGAAGCCAAGUUCAUCACCUUCAGCAUGUUGGCCUUUUGCAGUGUGUGGAUCUCCUUCUUUCCAGCCUAUCUGAGCACAAAAGGAAAAGCCAUGGUAGCUGUGGAGGUCUUCUCCAUCUUGUCCUCCAGCACUGCAUUACUGGGAUGCAUAUUCUUGCCAAAAUGCUACAUCAUUGUUUUGCGGCCAGACCUCAACCACAGGGAGCAACUCACAAAGAGGAAUUAGUACAUCCCUGACAGGAACCGUGACACAGUGAUUUUUUCUUCUAACCAAACCUGGAGGUGUGUGUGGGGGUAGAGGUUGGAAUGCAUUGCCAGACAAAACACUGAUCUUUCUCUUGGGAACCAAGGUCAUCUCCACAAGUGUCAGAUGAAGAACGGUAGUGCCUAAAAAGCCUGCCUAGAAUGUGACCAGUAACACUUGGGGAGGGAAUCAUUUGCUAUUUUAAUUACACUGAAAUGCUGGAAAAUGUUUAGAGUUGGUUUUCCAUUUAAGUGUGCCGAUAUGAUGUACCCAAUAAAGAAGCUCUUUGUGGAAGA